AUGUCCGAACUUCAAAAAGAAGAAGGGAAUGAGAUUAAAGAACAUUUUGCAGAGGGGAUAAGAGGGAAUGAAACUAAAUAUGUGGAAGCAGAAACUCUUAUCUUUCAUUGUCCUAAAUAUAUAACCGAACAAGAAAAACAAAUUACUCGGUUAAAUACCGAAAAUGAUACUCUUAAAACUUCCGAAACCACUUAUGAAAACUCAAUUAAAGAGUUCCAAAACAAGAUAAAAGCAAUUGUUGGCAAUGACUUAACCCAAUGA